AUGGAACCAAGUACAUCCCCGAAAGACGAUAGUACAAAGACUCGAACAGCUUUGGACGACCUUAUCAAGCAAGCUGCCGCCAAAGAUGCCAUCAAGGAUUACAACGCCGCUGCAGAGCUAUAUUCUGAGGCCACGGAACUUCAAGCAGAGCUCAACGGAGAACUAGCGCUGGAAAAUGCAGAUUUACUAUUCGCCUACGGAAAAGCCCUGUAUAAUGUUGCCGUCAGCAAGAGCGAUGUGCUUGGGUCCAAGGUAGCUGGAGAAUCACAGCCGAGCAGCGCAUCUGUCGAGAGGCCAUCCGCUGCGGCAACAGGCACAACCGCAGGUAUCGUUGAGAAAGCUGUCGCCCAGGGCCCACCUGAGAAGUCCGCGGGAGCCCAGAAGUCAAAUACUGGUGAUGUUCCAGCUAAGCCAUACUUCCAAUUCACUGGUGAUGAGAACUUUGACGACUCGGAUUCGGAAGACGAGGCCGACGGUGAGGAAGCUGCGGCCGAUGACGAAGACGACUUUGCCAAUGCCUUCGAAGUUCUUGACCUGGCGCGCGUGCUAUACCACAAAAAGAUGACUACGUUAGAGGAGGGAAUUGGCAAAGGGAAAUCCGCAGAUUUGCCUCCAGAUCUCAGACACGUCAAAGAACGUCUCGCGGAUACGUACGAUUUACAAGCGGAGAUCUCACUGGAGGCAGAAAGGUUUUUAGAUGCGGUGACGGACUUGAGGACGUCUCUGGAUUUAAGACAGUCUCUGUUUCCGAUUGAAGAUCCUUCUGUUGCAGAAUGUCACUACAAGCUUUCUCUUGCCCUAGAAUUUGGCUCCGUCAAAAAUGAGAAUGACAGCUCCCAAGAGGACAGUACCCUCAAAGGGCCGGUCGACGAGGAAAUGAGGGAAGAGGCCGCAGCUCAAAUGGAAAAGGCUAUUGAAAGCUGCCGUCUGAGGAUGGAUCAAGAACAGAAGAAGUUGGUCGCCGAUACUUCAUUGGAUGAGGACAAGGUGACCGCUAUGAAGAGAAGAAUAGCAAAUGUCAAAGACAUUAUAGCAGACAUGGAGCAAAGGCUCGUCGAUCUUCGACGCCCGCCAGUAUCUGCUAUUGAGAAAAGCGAUGCAGAUAACACAGUGCUGAAGGGUAUUUUGGGUCAAAUCAUGGGGCAUUCCCCUUCGGAGCAAAAGGCUCAUCUCGAUGCUGUCACAAAAGAAGCAAAUGACCUUUCUGCGUUUAUCAAAAGAAAACCUGCGAGCAAGAAGCCACCCCAGAACAGUGAGACUGUACCAAAACGAUCGGCUCCGGAAGAGGGCGCGGGAGGCGAUACAAAGAGAGCACGAGCAGGCGAUAACCUUGAAUGA